UUGUUGAGUGUGUGUAAUUAUUUUUCUUGCAGUUUGGAUGAAAGCUUUAAUAUUCGCAGUACCGACGAUCAUAAUUUUCCUGAUAUCUGUGCACUUGGUUUUUGCGAGAAAUUUAAAUAUCCAGGCGGUCCAUUCUACCCACAUGAUAACACGUUUGGUUCAUAUUGGACAAAACGUCUCUAUAAAGGUCCACUGCAUAAUGCCCGAGAUAUGAGCAAUAAUGUCCAUUUUGAACCAAGUCCCGAAGAGAAGCUAAGUGAUACAAACACACUUUAUGUUUUUGCGAUGGGUCAGUUCAUAGAUCAUGACAUUGCCAUGACCCCUGAAAGUGAGAUCAAUGACUGCUGUGAACAUGGCUAUGAUUUGGAUAACUGCUUUAACAUUAUCAUCACAGAGAAAGACAAGUUUUCUAAUAUUCUUGUACCUGGCCAUUGCAUGGAAGUGAAACGUUCAGCUGCUCUGUUCUGCCCAGACGCAACUUCAAACAAUCGUCCACGUAGACAACAAAUGGAUGCUAUAACUUCCUUUGUGGAUGCUUCCAAUGUGUAUGGAUCAGAUGCACAAAGACAAACAAGCUUACGUGAUGACAGUACCGGAUUCCUUUUGAAGGUAGCAUUUGAUUACCAGUUACAUAUGAUACGCAUUGGAAAUAAUUCUAAUGAUACUUGCACACUCACUGAACCUAGACAACAGUGUUCCCGGGCAGGGGACCUGAGAGUGGAUGAAGUUCCGACUUUGUCAACGAUUCAUUUUCUCUUUGUUCUAGAACACAACAGGAUUGCUAACAAACUCAAAAACUUUUAUGCAGACACAGAGACAAUAUUUCAAGAGACAAGACGAAUAGUGAUCGCGAUGAUGCAAAAAAUUGUUUAUGAUGAAUUUCUCCCUGCAGUAGUCUCACCACAAGGAAUGCAUAAUUUCCAGCUUGCUAGCUCGUCCCAAUACAUAUAUGAACCAGACACGGACCCUACCAUGAUAAACCCCUUUGGCAUUGCCUUCCGUUUUGGUCAUUCUAUGAUACCACAACAGAUGAUAUUAUUAAGCCGGGAUUUAAAGCAGGAGAUACUGCCAGAUAUUUCAGAGAACACAGAGGAGACCUUCUUUAAUCCCAAGCUUACCUAUGCACCAUUAGGCUAUGAACGAUUGGCUAACUAUCUGUCAGCUAUCAAUGCACCAAAACGGGACCACAUUAUCGAAGAAGCGGUGCGAAGUCGUCUUUUUAUAGAUAGAGAAGCUAAAACAACAUUUGAUCUUGUCGCACUAAACAUCCAAAGAGGGCGAGAUCAUGGACUUCCGUCCUAUAACGAGUAUCGGAAGUGGUGCGGGCUAACAUCUGUCGACAGGAAUUGGAACAAUAAUGGCGCUGACUCUGGACUUACCGAUCACAGCCUAGCCUUGAUACAAAUGCUUAGAGAAGCUGGAUAUGAUUCCCCACAAGACAUUGAUCUUUUUGUUGGAGGCAUUUCUGAGCAAAGUCUUAAAGGCGGGAGUCUCGGGCCUACAUUUGAGUGUUUAAUUGGUGCACAAUUUCGGAGAAUGAAGUAUGGUGACAGAUUCUGGUUCCAGAAUAAAGAUGCAGGCUUCAAUGAGUAUCAGAUUGCGGCAAUACGGCGGUAUUCUCUUUCAAAAAUUCUGUGUAACAAUUACAACUUUGCUGAAAUCAACUAUCCUAGUGUAUUCAAAGUUAGUGACCGGCGUGUACCAUGUUCUGAAAUUCCCGACCUAGAUUUGGCUGCCUUCAUUCCAGGAAAAUGAGCAUUAUUCAACACUCCACGCUGUUUCAUGACGUAAUUUACAAGAAGUCAACAAUCUUUUUUUUUCACAUGAAAUGGAAUGUUUAUUUUUAAUGCAUAAUAAACAGCUUUCACAAAUA